AGUCUAAUGGGAUACCAGGCCCAGAGACACCCCUGCGCUCCCAGGACAUUGAUGUGGGGUAACUAACCCACCCCCUCGAAAGUCUCCGCUGAGUUCACAAGCUAUGACCUGACUACUUUUUGGCCUGCCGUAUUUUGAUCCUUGAAUGAGUUGCUGAUCUUUAAAAGCGGAAGCUGGCCAGGUGUGGUGGCUCGCGCCUGUAAUCCCAGCACUUUGGGAGGCCUAGGCGGGCGAAUCGCUUGAGGUCAGGAGUUCCAGACCAGUCUGGCCAACAUGACGAAACUUUGUCUCUACUAAAAACACAAAAAUUAGCUGGGCGUGGUGGCACGUGACUGUAAUCCCACUACUCGGGAGGUGGAGACAAUUAUAGUUCGUUACCCCCCAGAACUCUUGGCUUGACUUCAUAAAGGCAAAAACUGUGUCUGCCAGAUUAACUACUUUUUCCCACCACUACAAUGUAAGUUUCUUGAAGACAUAAGACUUCUGUUAUUUUGUACACAGUUACCAAGCAUGCCUACUAUGUUAAAUUUAUGAAAGAAAUUUAAAGAGUAAGAGAUUCCACUUGAGAUCAGGGUGGGAGACAGACCUUUGUUCAUUCUCCAUGAGGAGCCGCCAUUAUCAACAGAACAUUGACGGAACAUCAUUUGGGCAAAGGACUGAUGGCUCUGAGUCUAGGUUGGAAGGCACCCAGGAGCCACUGUGGGCUCCUCCUGCAGGCUGUGCGAAGCAGUGGUCUUCUCUUGUUUCCCUCUGGCCUGUGUCCCUGGAGAGGAGCUAGAAGCUUUUUGGACCCUGACAAAAAGGCUUUCCUGGAGGAGAACACUGAAGUCACCAGCAGUGGCAGCCUCACCCCUGAAAUCCAGUUGCGGCUUUUGACCCCCAGAUGCAAAUUCUGGUGGGAGAGAGCUGACCUGUGGCCCCACAGUGAUCCUUACUGGGCAAUCUACUGGCCAGGAGGCCAAGCCCUGUCUAGGUAUCUUUUGGAUAAUCCUGAUGUUGUCAGAGGAAAGUCUGUAUUAGAUCUUGGGAGUGGAUGUGGAGCUACAGCUAUUGCUGCGAAGAUGAGUGGGGCAUCAAGGAUCUUGGCCAAUGACAUAGACCCUCUUGCAGGAAUGGCUAUUACACUAAAUUGUGAAUUGAACCAACUGAAUCCUUUUCCUAUUUUAAUCCAAAACAUUUUGAAUUUGGAACAAGAUAAGUGGGACCUUAUUGUUCUUGGCGAUAUGUUUUAUGAUGAAAACCUUGCAGAUAGUCUUCAUCAGUGGCUGAAGAAUUGCUUCUGGACCUAUGGAACUCAAAUACUGAUUGGUGACCCUGGGCGGCCCCAAUUUAGUGAACACAGCAUUCAGCACCACCUGCACAAAGUGGUAGAAUAUUCACUUCCGGAGCCUACAAGGCAGGAAAACAAUGGACUGACAACAAGCACAGUGUGGGAUUUUCAGCCUUGAGUUGUCUAAGUGCUCCCAAGUACGAAUAUAGUAAUGUAUGGAUUUGACCCUAAAAGUUUUCUCUAUAGGAGAUACUCUCCAGUUUAAUGAAUGUAAUUCUUGUUAAAUGGCAAAUCUUGUUUCUAAAUAUGAAGGUUUAGAGUUUAGUCUACUUUUGUCAUGUAACCGGUUCUGCAUUUCUGUGCAUGCCAAUUAUACACAUCUCUAUCUGUAAUUUUUUUAAUUUUAACUGCUGAAGGAAUAUGAUUAUACAGUGCCAUACUCAUUGGUGGCAGCAUUUAAGUAAUGGACAGGAAUUAGACAUUGUAGCCAAAUCUGUUUCUAUAGUUGAGAGCAGCUGUGAUGUAACUUUGAAUUAAACGAAACAAAACAUAAAAGAA